AUGGAUAGCUGCUCAAGAGCCCUGUACUCGGCUCAACAGGCCAAACUGCCAGAGGCACGGACGAGGCGAGAGACGGAGAGGCGCCGGUCACUUGGAGGCCAUCUUGUGGGACUAGCCUGCAAUGCUACUCAACACGCACUCAACUCGGGCUGCAGCUGUAGCUCAACUCUGACACACCGAGCCGGUCGCAAGCUGUCCGUUGGCGGAGCCCGUUCAGCCCAACAGUGGUAUCCGCCUGUACCCCUGCAUCCAGGCCUCCUCUUCAACGGGCCCAGCUGGACGCGUACUUCGCAACUCGGCUCCCCGACCGGCAGACAAUGGAGACAAUCUCCCGACAACUCGGUCGAGUGGAUAGCAUUUCGAGUUACACUUAAGCCCGUCAAAAUGGGAAAUCUGGUUCGCGAUUGCUCUGGUAAACACAGGCCCGACGGCGUCCACGUAGAACUGGGACUUGAGCUCUAA